AUGGCUACCCCCAGUGUCCUCACUUUUGACGCUGAGGACGGCCUCUCUCUCUUUGACCUUACCUCUAACGCUUCCCCUGCCCCUGCUGCUGAUGCUGACGCCACUGUUCGCUCCCAGUGGGCCACGCGCGACGCUGCUGCACGUCUUGCUGUGCGUCGCCACCUCCCUACCUCCGAGCGUGCGCACUUUAGUCAGUACAAGAGUGCUCAGACCUUGUACGACGCUGUAGUCGCGCGCUACUCCUCCCCUGCCACUGCUGCACUGAGCCGUCUCAUGCUACCGUACCUCUUCCCUGACCUUGCUGCCUUUCCCACCGUGGCUGACCUCAUUACGCACCUCCGCACUAGUGUCACUCGCUACCGCGCUGCACUCCCUGCUGACUUCUGCGCCAAAAACCCCCCCCCCAUGUACAUCACUCUGGGCGUUCCCCCUCCCCCCUGCUGCCCUUUGUUGCCUCUGCUGCUACGGCCGACCUCCUUGGUCUUGAGUCGGUCGGUGCGGCGUCCACCCGUAGCGGGAGACGCCGCCCUAGCAAGGGCAAGGGGGGCAAGGGAGCUGGAGGAGCGGGCGGUGGAGGUGGAGGUGGAGGCGGUGGGGGGAGUGGGGGUGGCGGUGGGAGUGGAGGUGGGGGUGGGGGGGUCGGUGGCGGCAGUGGAGGCAGAGGCGGCGGCGGCGGAGAGCGGAGGUGGCGGAGGAGGCGGCGGUGGAGGCGGCGGCGGAGGCGGCGGCAGCAGCAAAGGCGGCGGAGGCGGCGGAGGCGGUGGGGGUGGCGGUGGAGCUGGUUGCGGGUCUUCGCAGAGGAGUGGCUCCGAUGGUGGCUCGCGCCAGCAGCAGCAGCGCGGUCAUGAGACCUUGUCCCCUCAGCAGCUCCGUGAGUGGUACACUGCACGCCAGCGGGGUGGGGGUUUUGGUCCGUGCACCCACAUCCUGCGCACCGGCGACCGUGCGGGUGAGCAGUGUGAGGGCACGCACCCCACCCAGCGCUGCUUUGGCCGCGUGACGGACGCGUGGCGUCACCAGUUCCCAGAGGCCUCAGAGAUCCCUCGCUGGGGCGAGCUGUCUAGGGCGGGUGUUGCCAUCUUUGAUCUUGACUUUGAUGCUAUUCUCUCUGCCAUGUAUUCUGUGUCUACUAGUGAUAAGGGUGACUGUUACCGCUAUUUCCCGCCCGAUCCGGGCAUUGAGUCUGUUGCUCUAGGUACUGGUGCGGCUGCUGCCCUAGGUGCUUGCGACGUUGCUGCUCUAGGUGCUAGUGUGUCUGCGUCCUCACGUACUGGUGAGUCUGCGCUCUCAGGUACUACGUUGGCUUCGGCCUCCCUCACCUUCACCCUUGACUCUAGGGCGUCUCGCUACUUCUUUUGGGACCGCACCACAUUCAUGCCGCUCAAUCGGCCGGUUGCGGUGUCUUUGGCUGACCCCUCCGGGGGUCCUGUACUGUCUCGCUUCUCCACAGUCCUCCCGUGUCCAGCGGCUCCCUCUGGCACCCUGUCUGGUCUUUACCUCCCCUCGUUCGCGACAAACCUGGUGAGUGGUGCUGACCUACAGGAUGCAGGUGUCCACCAGUUCACUCCUGCGCGUCAGCGAGUGACACACUGCACAAAGGCUAGCACAGGCCGACACCUGGCUACGUUCACCCGUCAGCCGGGGUCGAGCCUGUACACUCUGACCACUGCGUCUCCUCCAAUUGCUAAGUCUGGUAAGGUAGCUGAGUCGGGUCAGGUGUUUGCUGCGGCGUCCAGGUCUGGUCCUGAGUCUGCCCCCUGUUCGUGUCGUCUCCUGUCUCACGAGACUCUCCUCUGGCACCACCGCCUUGGCCACCCCUCACUGCUUCGGCUCAGAGGCAUGGCCUCUCGUCUUCUUGUGUCUGGUCUCCCCUGGUCCCUCCCUCCCCUUCCUCAGGGCGGUGGCCCUACCUGUGUCCCCUGUGUCGAGGGGCGCCAGCGUGCUGCCCCUCACUCCUCCCAGUUUCCUCCGACAGACGCCCCGUUGCAGACGCUUCACAUCGACGUGUGGGGCCCAGCCCGCAUACGUGGACAGGGUCACGAGCGCUACUUCCUGCUCGUUGUUGACGACUACUCGCGUUACACCACAAUCUUCCCCUUGCGCAGCAAGGGUGAUGUCAGCGGAGAGUUCUCCUCUGGCCUUCUGCGAGCCUACUGUCGUGCACGAGGCAUCCGUCAGACCUUCACGCUUCCGGACUCACCGCAGCAAAAUGGGAUUGCUGAGCGCCGCAUUGGCAUGGUCAUGGACGUCGCUCGUACGUCUAUGAUGCAUGUGGCUGCCCCCCAUUUUCUGUGGCUGUUUGCGGUGAGGUACGCGGCGCAUCAGAUCAACCUCCACCCCAGAGUCUCCAGGCCGGAGACCUCCCCAGCCUUGCUGUGGACGGGGAAGGUUGGCGAUGCGUCAGUGUUCCGGGUCUGGGGAUCUCGGGCGUUUGUCCGCGACUUGUCUGCGGACAAGCUGUCCCCUCGUGCUGCUCCUUGCGUCUUCCUGGGUUUCCCCCCUGACGCGCCUGGGUGGCAAUUCUACCACCCCACCUCUCGACGUGUUCUGUCCUCCCAGGACGUCACGUUUGACGAGUCGGUCCCCUACUACCGCCUCUUCCCCUACCGCACUUCGUCCCUUCCCCCACCCCCACUCUUCCUUGUAUCAGGUCCCCCCCAGGUAGACUCCCUUCCCCCUCAGGGUCCUGCCCUUUCAGGUGUGUCCCAGGUAGACGCAGUCAAGCCUGUCGAGGUCACUGGUGACUCUGGUGCUGCAGGGGGUGCUGAGCCUGGGGGCGCUAGACCUAGGGGUUCGGAGUCUGGUGGUGCUGAGCCUCGGGGUGCUACGUCUUGGGGUGCUGAGCCUGGGGGUGCUGAGCCUGGGGGUGCUGUGUUUGGGGGUGCUGCGACUGGGGGUGCUGAGCCUGGGGGUGCUACGCCUGGGGGUGCUGAGCCUGGCGGUGCUACGCCUGGGGGUGCUGAGCGUGGAGGUGCUCCGCCUCGAGGUUCUCCGGGUGCUUCUUCUCGCCGGGAGCCCCUCUCUCCACAAGAGCUGCGUGAGUGGUUUGCCCGGCGCUGGCGCCGUUCUGCUAGUGCUGGAGGUUCUUCGACUACUGAGGGUGUUGCGGUCGCGGUUCCCGGAGGUGCUCGUACUGGGAGUACUGGAGCUGCUGGGCCUGCGGGUUCGACUGGAGCUGGUGCUGCUGAGGGUGUUGGUUCUGCUGGGGCGGGUGCUCCAGCUGAGGGUACUGGUGCUGUCCCUGCUGCUUCUGGCGUCGCCACGCGGCCUCGACCGUACUUUGUUCCACUCCUGCAGCAGCGUCGUGAGCCUGCGUUUUGUCCUGCGUCACCUGUUCGUGCUGCUCACACUAGUGGUCGCGGUUCGCGCCAGCGUCCUCCUCCUGUCCCUGGCACGCACCGGAUGUCUCUGCGUCCGUCUACUGCUCCUCUGCGUGCCCCUUUGCCUUCCCCUUGUGAGUCCUCUCUUCCUGCUCUUGCGGACCCUGAGUCGGACUCUCUUCGUGCUGCUAGUCCUACUGUCACGCGUCUCCUUGCUACUGUUGUCACUGACCCUUCUUUCGAGUCUACUGCUGCGUCUGCUCUCGUUACUGAGCUCGUCGACUUUGCUGCUCGUUGUCGCUUAGACUACGCCACUAGUCUUGUCGCUGAGUCUGAGUCUGUCUGCUCUCCGUCCGUCGGGGGUGAGUGUGCUCUUGGCACGGACGUCCUUGAGGAUAGGCAGGAGGAGUUCCAGUGUCUGGCGGCUGCUUCACCUCAUCUCAUGUCCAAGGCAGCUAUGGAUGCAGAGAUGGCUUCCUGGAAGUCCACAGGCACCUACGUUGACGCUGUCCCCCCUCCUGGGGCGAACAUCGUCAGCGGCAUGUGGAUCUUCAGGGUGAAGCGGCCGCCGGGUUCUCCGCCUGUCUUCAAGGCGCGUUACGUGGCUCGUGGUUUCAGUCAGCGGCAGGGAGUUGACUACUUUCAGACCUUCUCCCCCACCCCGAAGAUGACCACUCUUCGGGUAUUACUGCACGUUGCUGCUCACCGUGACUACGAGCUGCACUCUCUCGACUUCAGCACAGCUUUCUUGCAGGGCAGCCUGCACGAGGAGAUCUGGCUGCGCCGCCCACCUGGCUUCAUUGGGUCUUUCCCUCCUCGUACCCCAUGGAGUCUCCGGCGUCCAGUCUACGGUCUCCGCCAGGCGCCACGAGAGUGGCACGACACACUGAAGACUACACUUGCGGCUCUUGGGUUUGCUCCUUCUACUGCCGACCCGUCGCUGUUUCUGCGCACCGACACCUCUCUGCCGCCGUUCUACAUCCUCGUGUACGUCGACGGCUUGGUCUUUGCCACAGCUGAUUCUGCUGGACUCGCCUACGUGAAGUCCGAGCUGCAGAAGAGACACACGUGCACUGACCUGGGUGAACUGCGCAGCUACCUUGGCUUGCAGAUCACCCGGGACAGAGCACGCCGCACCAUUACCCUGACUCAGUCACACAUGGUGCAGCAGGUCCUUCAGCGCUUCGGCUUCACGUACUCCUCGCCUCAGGCCACUCCUCUGCCUACUCGCCACUCGCUCUCAGCUCUGCCUUCGGAUGAGUCCGUAGAGUCGAGUGGCCUUUAUCCAGAUCUUGUUGGCUGCCUCAUGUACCUGAUGACCUGCACACGACCUGACCUUGCAUACCCUCUUAGCAUUCUCGCACGCUAUGUUGCUCCUGGGAGACACCGACCAGAGCAGAUGGCUGCAGCGAAGAGGGUGUUGCGCUACUUGUGCAGUACGUUGGGCAUGGGGCUUGUGCUUAGAGGGUGGAGUCCAGUGGUCCUCACUGGACACGCGGACGCUUCUUGGGCUGACGACCAGGCUACGCAGCGGUCGUCACAGGGUUACACCUUCAGCCUUGGUUUCGGUUAUGUUUCGUGGCGGGCUACUCGCUCGUCUUCUGUUAUCGGCUCCAGUUGUGAGGCUGAGAUCUACGCCGGGGCCAUGGCUGCACAGGAGCUUUGCUGGCUCACCUACCUGCUGAUCGACCUUGGAGAGCCGCCUCGUUCUCCUCCAGUCCUGUACGUAGACAACAAGGCCAUGCUGGUCUUGUGUCGAGAGCAGCGACUGGAGCACAGAACAAAGGACAUUGCUCUCCGCUACUUCCUUGCUCGUGAGCUACAGCAGCGUGGACAGUUGCGGCUUGCGUACGUGGCCUCUGAGGCCAACACUGCUGAUGUCUUCACCAAAAGCACUUGCGCCUUGUGA